CUUGGGUUGCCUUUUCAAAAUCCAUCAAUGGCGACUAAGAAACCGAGAAUUCCUGAAACUCUUUUUAGGGUUUAUAAGCAUCGAGCUCGUACCUUAGCAGAUGCUAUCAUAUCAUUGCUUCCUCCACCACCUUCUUCUCCGGUGCAGUGCAGAUGUAAAGGCCGUGGAUGUCUUGGUUGCAGUGGCAUGCAAUUUCUCCUCAAAAUUGAUGAUCCUUAUGAAUAUAAAGAUCUAUUGAACAAAUGUUUCUUUGUUUUAUCUGAAGAUUCACCACCUCUCACUUCCUUCUAUCCUGGUUGUCAUUGGUCACAGCGGCAGAUAGUUACAAGAACCAUAGAGUUGAUGAUUCCUCAGAAAUCUGGUAAUACAAUAUGCAAUGGAUAUGAUAAGAUGACAAAUUCAAGCUGUGUCGUAGAUCUUUUAUCAACUUUGGCUUGGAAACUUCUUCUAACGAGGAUUGGGGAUGAGCUCAUGGUUCACCUUUUGCGGUUCGGAUCUAUAUUUUUGCCUCAUGGUCGCAAAGACCAUCGUCAGGUAGCAGGCUUUCCUAUCAGUAACUUUUGCCCCAAUAUCUCAAAACCUGCUUCAGCUGCAUAUCACCGACCCACAUCUAUCGGAGAAUUAGGCACCCCUUCAAAGAGGAAAAGAACGACUACUGAAGAUGAAUAUGAAUCAGAUCUUAUAUGUGCCAAGAGAUCUGGUUCCUAUCGUUCCUUAGAUUCUGUUGAUUGUGACCAAAGCAAUCACAGAGUCAUUAGUCCAUUCUUGUCCAAAUUAAGUUUGGUAAAAAGAUGCACAACUGUUACUAAGAACCAAGAACUAAACGAAUUACCUCAACAAAGUCUAAAAAAGGUUGUAGGAAAAUCCGUGAAGCGUUUUCGGCCUUCCAGCUGGCAACGUCGAAGAAUUCGUAGGAAAAUGAAGUUUACUGAGGAUAGUGCAGUGGGUUUUUGCAGCGACAAUCAAAUAUCUGAAAAUGAUAACCACAAAGAGUUUCAGCAGAUCGCAGAGGAUCUUCCUGGUCUGGAUUCUGAGAAGCAGCAUGCACCUUGUGUUCACUCUAAAACGUGCUUUUGUAAUAUGAUGCUGCAAGCACAGCAAAAGGUUGCAAAGACGUCAGAAGUUGACAGAAAUUCUAUGUUCUACAAUCCCUGCACUUUAUCCUCUCUUUUACCAAGAGAUCAUGUAUUGAUGAGAUCAAAACCCAGUAAUGCUGGUGAGGAUGUCCUGAUGAAGGAUAUAUUUGGCUUAACAGAUGAAGCUGUGAUCACUGAAUCUACAUCAUGCUCAUGCUUGCAUAACCAUAGUUCUUGUCUCCUCGGGUGUGCGAGCCUACAUCAAUCACUUACACAGUUGCUGGGGAAUCUUAUGCGCAGUGGUCAACGUUGCCAAUAUUUGAAGUUGCUAGAUAAGCAUUGUCCCAUUAUGGCAGUUGCACCACCAGCUAAGGGAAAUCUUGGAUCCAUACUUGAGGGUAGAACUCGGAAUGUCUCAGGUCACCAGCUAGAGCUGAGUGGGUCGGAUUGCCGCAAGAGUCAGGUGGCCUCGUUUAUAUGGGCGGUGUGUAGGAGGAUAAUCCCUGAAGACUUACUUGGAGCUCCUUCUGAAUGGAGAGCUCUACAGAGAAAUAUUUCAAAGUUUAUCCGGCUACGAAGAUCUGAAAAGUUUUCUGUUAGGCAGUGUGUGCAUGGGCUGAAAACAUCUCGUUUUCCAUUCCUAUCGAAUAAGCAUUUUUCAAAAGAUAUGGUGGGAGGAAGUGUGAACAUAUCAGCCGGAUGCAACCCAGCUGAGAAUGCCAAAAUUACUCUGAAAAACAAGCUCUUUGUCUGUUGGAUUUAUUGGUUCUUUUCUAGUCUAGUAACACCCAUUCUUAAGUCGACUUUCUAUAUCACAGAAAGUGAGGCUGGAAAACAAGAUAUAUUUUAUUACCGAAAGCAAAGUUGGGAGAAGCUAACUCAAACCGCUGUCGCAUGCAUGAGAGAGCGGAGUUACAGAUUGCUGGAUUAUAAAUAUUUACGGAGUAUAUUGUUCAAGAGACCCUUUGGGUUUUCAAAAGUCAGAUUUUGUCCAAAGGGAAAAGGAGUGAGGGCUCUAGCAAAUAUGAAAACAGCAUCAAGUAUACCAGCUGACAAAAAAGUCAUUCCUCUUCAGGGAUCUUCAAAUUUUCAUUUUAAUAGUAUGCAGAAUAAUGAAGGGAGAAAAUAUUUUUUUAAGGCUGUGAAUAAUGGUCUUCGCGAUUUAAGUGCUAUUCUAAAAGGAAUACAGAUGAAUCAUCCCCAUCUCUUGGGAUCAUCAGUAUCUUGUUACGAUAAUGUCUACGAGAAGCUUGCACCUUACCUAAUUGGUUUGAAGAACAGAGUCAAAUUCAUGCCAAGGGCAUAUGUUGUCAUUUGUGAUGUGUCAAAGGCAUUUGAUUCUAUUGAUCAGGAUAAACUCCUUCAAGUGAUGAAAGAUGUUAUGAUGAAUGGCCAGUAUCUCACUAAGUGGUCUUCCCAAGUUAUCUGCACAAAGAAGUAUAUGCACGUCCUCAAUAAUCAGAUAUUCUUGAAUCAGAAUAUGGAACCUUUUAGUGCAAAGUCAACUGCUUCUGUCCCUUCUCAUUCAGUGCAUAAUGUCUUUAUAAAUCAGGAGACCAGCAUAGAGCUGAAGAAAGAAAAACUUCAACGCGAUCUGUAUGAACUGGUGAAGCGGAACGUGAUCCAAGUAGGUCAAGACUUUUAUUUGCAAAAGAUUGGUAUACCACAAGGAAGUAUAGUUUCUUCUUUCCUGUGUUCAUUUUACUAUGCGCAUAUGGAGACCAAAGUACUCCUUCCAUUUCUUAAAAACAUACAUGAGACUCACUAUUCUGAAACUACUGAAGGAGAGUUACAAGAAAGACAUACUUGUCGAGAUGUUGAUUUAAGGUCCCUUGAUUUAACGGAGAAUGGUACAGAUGACAUCUCAUCAACACCUAAUUUUGCGUUACUCAGAUAUACUGAUGAUUUUCUUUUCAUAUCAACUUCAAAGAAGCAAGCUGCUAGUUUUUAUUCUAGGUUGGUCAGAGGAUUUCGAGACUACAAUUGUUCAAUCAACGAAGCAAAAUCCUGCAUCAAUUUUGAUAUAGGUAGUGCUUCUGGUGUUCCAACAAACAGAAUUUAUACAGGAGAAGACGGUAUAUCUUUUCUUCCAUGGAGUGGUUUGCUGCUUAAUUGCCGUACUCUGGAAAUCCAAGCUGACUACACAAGGUAUUUGGGUAUGCAUCUGAGAUCAACUCUUACACUCAGCUGGCAAUGUAAACCAGGAUUCCAGAUGAAGGACAAGCUGCGUCAGUUUUUGCGACCGAAAUGCCAUGCUAUAUUUUACGAUUCACAGAUUAAUUCUGCAGGAGUUGUCAGAUUAAAUGUAUUCCAAGCUUUUCUAUUAUCUGCAAUGAAGUUUCAUUGCUAUCUACGAGGCUUGUCUAACACUUGCAGUUUCCCUGCGGAUUACUAUUUUGAAAUGAUUAAAAGCUCGGUGAGGUACAUGCACAAACUGAUAGUGAAAAGGAUGCGUUCUGAUAAUAUUGGAUCCACAGUUCUUCCAAUCCUUAAAUUGGAGAAAUGGGAAGUUUUAUGGCUUGGAUUAAAAGCAUAUGUUCGCGCAUUAAAGAAAAAACAAUCAAGCUAUAAGGACUUACUAUCUCUUUUGAGGACCGAGUUGUUAGCCCAUGGGAGUGUCAGAGUAAGUACUGCGUUGAAGUAUGCAAUCGAUGAUUCUCACUCAUCCUUAUUUUGGAAGAUCAAAUAUUAGAAUUCGAUAAAGGUAUGAAAGAUAUCAAUCCAUACGUUUGUUUUCACAGAGCGAAGACAGUUCGCAACUCUUCCCCUAUCUAACCUUCAGUCUAGGAAGCGACCCUUGUUUUCUGGUUUUUCUUGUUUAGGUUGCAAGUUUCUCAAUUACUUCUGUUCUCUUAAUUCUAUAGAAUUCUUUGUCAAAGAUUAUGUAGCCUAAUUUUAAUGCAGGUGUAAAGGAUCCUUCAGAGACAUUUAACACAUUCAAAACACAUCAGAUCAAACCACCUAAGCUUAUGUAGUGGAUUUGAAAUAUAUCCUUUGCAAUAUAAUUUGUCAAAAUAUAUUUAGAAAAUUGAAUUGAAUUUAAUUUUUUUGAUCUUA